ACGGUGGGGGGGCCGGCCCCUGCUGAUUCAGAGGUUAGGAAUUUGCAUCUGAUCGCUGUUUGUCAACCAAUGAUGUGAGUGAGCUGUCCACGCCUCUGCUCACCCCCACCCCCCCUCCUCCGUCUGAGCGGUGCAGACUCUCAAACUGUUCAAACACAAUCACACGCAAACGCCGAAUGCGUGGAUAUCAUGCAGUCACAUGAAACCCGCGUUAAUCCGAGCUGAUAAACGCACGGCCCGCCGCAGCUCCUCUUCCUCCUCUUCCUCGCUGUGUUUUCCUCGGCGUGUGACCGGAGGCGCAGCCCGGACCCCGGUGCUCUGGAGGGGGGCAGAAACACGGGGAAUGUGUCUUCCGGUUCCAAAGAGCGUAAAAAAGCACACGGAAGCCAACGUGGUCUUUGUAGUCUGUCAGCAAACUCUCAUACUCCCACCUACUCUUCCACUGCGUGUGCCUCAGUGAACGCUGUGCGACUCGGCCGCCAGCUUUGGUUUCCUCCUCGGCUGCAGGAAAAACUAUUGAGAAGCAAGAGGCCUCUGUCUCUAGAAGUGAAGCCUCCCUCUGACUGCAUGUCUCAGAGCUCUGACCAGCCCCUGUUCUCCUCAUCCUCCUCCUCCUCCUUCCACAUCUCUACGAGGACCCACAUUUCCACAUAGCCAUAACCCAUAAACCCCCAUCCAGCUGCUAGCUGCUUCAUCGCAGGCGCAGUUGUUGAUUUCACUGCCUGCGCAGAAGGAUCGACCACUGUCCCACAACUGGCCCCCAACUGGUGCUCCUUCAGUGGGGGAGGGAGGGGAAGUAGAGCAGCUGAACGCAGUGCCGCUUUCCCUGGAGAUGAAGCUGCAGGCCGUCAUGGAGAACCUGCACAGGCAGCAGAGGGCCAAGCUGCUGAUGGAGCAGCAGCUACAGCAGCAAGCUGCUGCCCAACACUCUCAGGUGCGCACAGGUGGAGGAGGGGGGGACGAGCCAAUGGGGAGCCCAGCCCCUGAGUCGGAGCAGGCCCAGAUGGCGGCGUUAGCGGCCAUGCGUGCUGUGGCGGCCGGGCUGCAGAGAGUGUCUGACAGCCCCAUGUCGGAGCACAGCAGCGGUGGCGAGGAUGACGUUGAUGAUGACGACAAUGAAGAAGGGGAGGAACAAUACAAAGAUAUGAUGGGCUCAGAUGAGGAGGAGCAGAUCAAACAGAAAUGGGACGAGGAGGACUUUGAAGGCGAGAUGGAAGAAGACUUUGACGAUGAACUGGCAGAGGAAGGUCUGCCAACAGGCCAUGAUGCUGUGGCCCCUGGGAAAGGCAUCCUCCUGUUGCCCCACCGCCAGCUCCACCCCCACUCCCAGCUGCUGAAGGCACGCCCUAGUGUCGACCAGGAGCCCCGUGUAGCUAUCCUGCCUCCUCACGCCACGCACAGCCAUCUGGGCGGACAGGACCACGGAGAAUGGACCUACGAGGAACAGUUUAGACAGCUGUAUGAACUGGACGGAGACCCAAAGAGAAAGGAGUUCCUGGAUGACCUCUUCAGCUUCAUGCAAAAAAGAGGAACGCCAGUGAAUCGUAUUCCCAUCAUGGCCAAACAGGUCCUGGAUCUCCACAUGCUCUACAGGCUGGUGACAGAGAAGGGCGGCCUGGUGGAGGUGAUCAACAAGAAGCUGUGGAGGGAAAUCACCAAGGGACUCAACCUGCCUACCUCAAUCACCAGUGCAGCCUUCACCCUCCGCACACAAUACAUGAAGUACCUGUACCCGUAUGAAUGUGAUAAGAGGGGUCUGAGCAACCCCAAUGAGCUCCAGGCAGCCAUUGACAGCAAUCGGCGGGAGGGGCGACGACAGAGCUUUGGAAGCUCCCUCUUCACCUACUCGCCCAACGGGACGCCCACCAUGCUUUCCUCGCCGAAGCUCCCGACGUCCAGUGUGGGCCUGACUAUGGGCACCAAUGGCGCCUCACUGACGCCUAUCCAGAAGAUCAAGAAAGAAGAUGGAGGCCACCUGCUGCCAGGGGUCGGUUUGUCUCGUUUGCCAGUGGGGGCCUUGGCUGGUCACUCGAUGACUGCUGUGCAGGCAGCGGCAGCUCAGGCAGCAAUGGCUGCUCAGGUGGCAGCUCUGGAGCAUCUGAGGGACAAGCUGGAGGCUGGCGAGCCUCCGGAGAAGAAGAUGGCGCUGCCGCCUGAGGAUCACCACCGACUUCUGCAGAGAGCGCUGCAACACAACCUUCUGGCCAUGACUGCCCAGAUACCCAUGAACAUCCGAAUCAAUAACCAAGAGAGCAGGCAGGACUCAGCCCUGAACCUCACCACAAAUGGCACGAGCAGCAUCAGCAUGUCAGUGGAGCUGAACGGAGUGGUGUACACUGGCGUUCUUUUUGCUCAGGCAGCAGGCUCAGCCUCAUCUGGAGCUGGAUUGUCCGCCAUCGGCCCUCAGCAGCAGCAGAACACACCUACCUCAAAGUCCAACAACCCGUUGUCUUAACAAACCCCCCUCAGCCUUUCCCCUCUACUCUUUUUUUUAAAAUUACCACGCUAAGUAAAGCCAAAAACCAACCUCAUUUUCUACAUCAUCUAUGCCAAAAAAGAGAAGACCCAUACACCGUACACAAGACACCAACUGAAACUCGGAUCACUUGAAGUACACUAUCUCAGGUUUUCUCUCACAAACUCACCUCUUUUGUUCUUCGUAGCCAAAGUAAUUUUGAAAGAAAAUUAUCCCCACUGAGAGUCAGUAUAUGCUAAGCAAUGCACAACUUGUGAAUUAUUUAUUUCUGCAUAAAUGUACAGAUUAUCGGAGAACAAAAGAGAAGGUAAUAACCAGGAAGGGCAAUGCACUGUUUACACACACAAACACAGCUACUGACUGACAGUAAUGUUUGAUCCUCUAGGGGAGAGAUUUUUUUUAUUUAAUUUUAUCUUUUCAUUGUCAUUAUUAUCAUUAUUGUUAUUCUCUAUUGUGUUUAUCAUUUAAAUCUUAACAAUUCUCUCACUGCAGGAAAAAAAAAGUAUAUAUAUUUAGAAUUCUAUAUAAAAAAAAAUAUGAAUAUCUUCUAUUUUUAAUCAGAAAAGCUUUAAAGGUAUAUGUUGUUUCUUCAGGGCCUAUAACAAUGUACCGCUGUGACCUCAUUUUGUGUAAAACCUUAUAACCUUAUUCACAUGGCAGCCAGUUUGGAUAUCUAUGUGGAAGAGCACGUCUGGUGCACUUGUGUUGUGUAGAGACACACGUCAUAUCUAUGCCACAGAUUCUCCAGGGAAAAGCAAAUUUAAAAACACCUCAAUCAUAAGAAUCUGCAAGGAUAUUGGUCGACUUUUGAAUAUAUUUGGUCCAUUAUUGAUUACGACAAGAGAAUUAAUGCAGUGGCUAGUUAGCGGGAAUGCUACGUGGCUGAUGGCCCUUACUGAAUUCAUGCAGUUGUUGUGGUUGCUCUUCCUGAAACAGCACGAUAUCUAAACCCACCCCCCUCACCUGUUUGUUGACAUAAGGCCAGUUCUAUACAUAUCUAUGCCAAUCAUGCAGGUAUAUUGUCAAGCGGCUGUAUGCAGGUAUAUGUUCAAAGUGGCUGUUUGUACAAAUAAGGUCUGUUGAGCAGGUGGGAAAAUGAACUGAAGCCUUUCGUUACACGCUGGACUUUCUGAGCCCGGGCGGCGUCCACACCAAUUCUUCCUGGUGCCGUUCAGGGUUCAGAUGUUUUUUGUGAAUAUCACGUUUUCCAUUGUUCUCAGGUGAACUCCCCUCCCACCCCCACCCCACCCCCUUGCUCAUUGCUUUGUAUAAUAUCCCGCAGUCUACUAUGACACUUGACAGAGUAAUGCUUUUCAACAUCUUUCCCUGUGGAAAGAUCUGUUUUUAUCUUUUUUAUGACUUGGCCUUCUAGUUGAGUGAUUGUCUUAAGGUCAGAUGCAUGCAUGUGUUUGUAGAUAAAGGUCCGUCAGCGUGCAGGACAACUCUUGAUUUCCUGUCUAGGAUUUAAAAGAUUUGAGCAUCCGCUUCAUCCUUGUUAUUGUGGAGACACUCACACCAGAUAAUCAGGUGUCAGAAGACAUAAUCUGAGCUUCAGGAAAAAAUAUCCUGACGAUUAUUUCGGCUCAUAAGUGAUGUUAUUUUGUUUUUCUUGUAUCAUAGAUGUAUCAUCAGUGCUUUCGCUUUUUAGUUUUAGCUUUGUGUUUUUGCAUGACUUAGUGUUUAUUCUGAUCCAAGUGCUUCUUAUCCUGUGCUGUGAUAAGGGCAGGGUCCUCUUGAGACUGCCUCGCCAUCCGUUAAGGAUAACACAGAGAAUGUCUUGUGAUCCUCUGACUGUUUUUUUGUUGAGAUUUUGCUUAAUUGGGGCUUUUGAUAAUACAUGAUCAGAGAUAAUCAUAGCUGCAGCUGAGCACUCGCUUGUGUCUUAGUGUUUGCAUAAACACUCGCUGCAGUUAGAUUUAUAAAAGGUUAAAUCUGCCACCGUGAAGACCCGUGUCACCUCACAAGUAGAUUUUGAAGUGGAUCAAUCAUUUAGCUUUUUGAACUUUAACCCGUGUUACUUCACUGGACUGUUGGCUGUUAAAGAUUGUUACUCAACCCCACCCACGACCCCUGAUGCAAAGCAGCCUCAUUCCUACCGACGUUAGGAAGUAAAUCAGGCUUUGUAUGUGGGUUCUGUUCUGAGGCCUUAACGCAGCAUGAGAUAACCAGAGAGCGAACAGUACCUCCAUCCAAUCACGUUUUACUGGUUCAGUCAAAUAUCACCAGAUGGCGGUCAACGCUUUGAUUCUGGUCGUGGCUCUCGCUGGGAAAUCACCACCAGCUGCUGCACAAACACUGGUCAGUUCUGGAAAGUUCUCUUUAUACUCAAAUAACCAACAACUCCCAUUCAGAAACACAGUCAUCAAACACAGUGAAGAGAAAAAAUUAAAUCAGAGCUUAAGUUGUAUUCAAAAACAAAUGUUUUACAGAAACAGCUUCUCAUCGGUCGUGUUACAUCUUAAAGAAACACAGAGCCUCAGUGUUUCAUAGUUUUUCAGAGAAAGUUUACUGAGGUGACAAAAUAAUGACAGAAUCUUUGACUAGUCAUCAUCUUUUCAUUAUAGAUUCAAAGAUGCUAACAAAACUUAUCAGCUAACUUACUCAAAGACCAGCUCAAUGCAUGCCAGCCUACCUACAGCCACCUACAGGCAAGAAAUAUUAUAGCAGCAACAGUCGUGAUGUGCAGAUGGACACUACCUGCAGGGAAAGACUCAACAGCAGCAGUUUGUGUAGUUGCUGUUGUAUUUGUGAGUAUUUUACAUUUAUACAACAUCUCAGUUAAAAUAACUUAUCAUUAGAGGCAGAACAUUUCCCUCAGGUAGACACAAUACAAGGAUAAACGCGGAAAAUCAUUGCUUCACACUAACCCUUAAUGUUAAUUAUUUGACCAAUGAACAGGAUCAUGAGAAACAGUUGAAAGCCCCAGACAAACUGAAAAAGUGGACUUUGUGGUGAGAUGAUUCUUCAGCCCCAACACUUAUGUUAAUUAUUAAUCGUGCAGUUAGUUAUUCAUUGUGAAUCCCAUUGAGAUUAAUGCAGCCUUAACCGCAGCUCUUAAAGGUGCUACAACUUUAACUGCACCUGCAUGUUUGAAACUGCUGCUGCAACUGAACACUGGGCCUGGUUUCAUUUGCUUCACAUCACUGACACUGUGUGUUCUUGUUCAGGCGACUGAGUUACAGUUACUGCGAAUGAAUUGAAAAUCAGCUGGCCAGACAGACGUCAUGAAACUAGUUUGAUGCAUGAUCAUAUCUACGCCGAGCAGGAAACUGAGAUAAAAGUUUCCUCCUCACCCACCUCUGUAUGUUCUCUCUGGAUAUCAGCCAGAUGCUUAUUUGAAACUGGUAACUCUUUGACAGCAGAUUAUUUUAAACAAUGAAAUCAUUUUGGGUAUUUUGCAGAACUGAAAGUCCAGUUUGUGCAGGGUUACUGCUUUACAUAGAUUUGAUAGAAACCUGGUUCCUUAUUUGUGAACAACUCACACAUCAAUCAGUCCGCAACCAUUUUGCCUUUUAAAAUCUGAAAGAUUUUAUGCAGUUGUGAUUCAAAUGAUUCACAACCCUGCUAGAAAUAUUGAUAAGACUCUCAGUGUAGAUUCCUUACAGUGGUCAGUUCUACAAUGGAAAUGCUUUCCAUUAUUCAAAUAAUUAUGCAGUGUACAUAAAUAUCCUGAAAUGUGAUAAUAUAAUGAAAAACAUAGAAGCUACAAAAGUUUUACUACAGCCCCUCUGUACAUUUGUAUUAAUCAAAUAGUUUAGUAAAUUAAUCUGUACAAAAUACAUUUUGAAUUUGUGAUUCAAACAAAGUUUAAGCAAUGAAAUCGCAUGAUUUCUCCCUGAUGAUAAAAUAUUUAGCUUUCAUCUAAUUUAUGUUACACACAAAAACUUAAUAAAUAUGAAUUUUUAAUUCCACAAAACCACAAAAUAUGAGUAAAUUAUCCUCUUUUUUAAUAGUUUUUAUCAAUUUCCCAUGCAGUUCUUCUGCCCCCUUAAAUAGCAUACAUUAGACAAUGUUAUAAUUACUUUGAGAAUGUAAAAUGUCAGAAAAUCUGAUUCAGGUUUUUAACUGAACCCCAACUGAUUUUUCUGCUAUUGCGUGUUGUCUUUGUAGCGCAGUGUAGUCUCUACAGUAAUGUUGGUGUUUACAUGCUAUGCUAACCUUCAGUCACAGCCUGAACAAACAGAAAGAAAGAAAGAAAUUCAGUAGGAACUCAUCAGUCAUCUCACAUAUUAUAAAAGGAUGUGUUCUAGUUGUUGGUCAGUUCAGUGACUCGCUUCAUUUCUCUCUGUGCCUCUUCCUGAGGAGCAGAUGUCACAGUUGCUGGUAAUGACUGACAAUCAAAUAAAGGCCUGUCGUGGCUGCAGAGCUUCGUUUCGGAGGAGGGGCGGAGGCUGCUAGAGAAAGCUAAAUUCAAUCAAUCUAAAUGAUCAACAUUUCUUCUUAAGAUUUGACCCCUUGACCCUUUGGCCCCUGAGGCAACACUAAAGCACCGGACCCCCCCACUCGAGCAGAUCCAUGUUUAUCGUAUAUCUAUUGACCUGUGGGAUAUUUGCAUUUGAAUAGCGGAGGUACUGUAGCUCUCUAUAUGUCUCUCUCUCUCUUUGUCUCUCUCUCUCUGUGCACGGCAGCAUCUUCAGGGAUUGCUGGCAUGUUUUUAAUUGCGUGGUAGCGACAAUCAGGAGAUGCUAUGACAACACAAUUUACCUCCCAAUUUACCCUUCAAACACAAUCCUGCCCCAUUUCUACCUCAAAGACGAAAAAGCUUUGGCAGAUUUAUCUGCUUCAGCCACAACAGAGGAUCCUGUUGAGGGCUGUGUUCACACAAGGAAACAAAUCCAGAUGUUGUUGAUGCUGGUUUAUUAAUCAUUGACUAUAAAAGAGAUUGUAGAGACCACAGACAAUCACCUUUAAAUCGAUUUUAGUGAUGGAGGGGGAAUCAAGAGAAGUCAGUAUCCUUGAGACGCUUCAACCUCUGUAGUAAGAGCUCCCCUCGGUGGUGGUUUUUUGUAACGACGCACAAUCAGUUUAGAUCUCCUAAAUGGAAUAACUUGAUUUUAAUUGAUGGCUGUAUGAUUCACAUGCAGCAAAACAAAUGACUUAUUUUCAGUGUUCAUGUCUUAAUAUCCUUCCAGUGUUUCCAGAGUUUUCUUCAAUCAUCAUACAACACUCAAAUAAUCAGCAAUCAUUCAGAAAUCAAAGACACAAUCUGUGGAUAAUCAAUGAACAGAUUUCCUGUCUUGUCUGUUUCUCUGUAUCUGUGCUCAGGCAGGUUUCCCAUUAUCAGAGGGAGCUGAUAUGUGAAAAAAUGUUGGAACAGUGCAGCUGUGCAAUCGGAGUCAGCCUAACUCUGUUGGUACCUUGUGUGAGUGUUGAGGUCGAAGCAGAUUUUGGCUCGUAUCACUGUGUUUUGUCUGAAUGCUACCAGCUGCAUCAUGUGUCUGCAUGCAGGUGGUUGUCAUCUUUAGAUCAGCGCAAGACUUUGCAUCUGCAGUUCUUGGGCCAUGUCUCUAUUUGUCCUGGUUACAUUAUUGUUGUUGUUGUUGUUGUGGUAAUGCAGUUAAAAGCUUGGAUUGAUUUCAAUUUCAGUCUGCUUUGUUUGAGGCCCUACAUGGGUGAUUGUACAGAUCAGAUCAAUUACUUAUUUUCUUAAUGCAAAUUGCAUUUGUCAUUUGUCUUGGACAAUAUAAGUAACAAAUGUUGUGCUGUUCAGGAGUUGAUCCCCAAAUCUCACACGUCAGAGCUUCUGAUCUGUUCAUCUUGAAAUAUUGCUGCUUUCACUCCCACCAGAGCUGUAGCUAAAAUAACCUGUUAGCAGGUCCCGCUCGCUGCAGAUGUUGAACUUUAGCUGGAGCAUUAUACGGGUGUAUGUGGGUGUAUGUGUGUUCAGGGGCUUUUUGACUGGACUUCACCACUGACUUUACCUCCAUCAGGUGGACGGUGGAGAAGGGAAAAUGAUGAUGAUGAGAAAAUAACAAGAUGCCUUCUGCUGUGACAAUUGUAAUAUAAAUUAAUUAACCUGUAUUACCAAGAUUCAUUUAAUAGUUUAUUUCUGAAAUAUGGCUUUUUAGGGCUCUGGAUUAUAUUAUGUUUAUAUUGUUUGUUUGUUUUUGCUGUCUUUGCUUUUUUUUUUAUAUGCUACCGUGGCACACAGAGAUUACAUUUAGAGCAGAUUUAUUAAUAUAGCGAUAAUCAUGAUAAUAACAAUGUCAUUAUUUUAGGGAAGCGUGUGACGUAAUCGUGUGUGACUGUGUGUGCUUACGUGCGUGCGUGCGUGCUUCGUGUGUCUCUGCGUCAACUUCAGAACUGAAACAAGGCUCUGUGUUUUUGUCUCUUACAACUUCUCAGGAAAAUCUACCUCUGUCUCCAGUUUGAUGCAUUUAACCCAGUGAGGGCUCUAGUUACAGUGUAGUGGGUACACAAGGAGGGCGUGAGGGUCGACGCCAGGGUCCGAAAUGAACUGUAACAUAGAGAUUGUAUUGAGGAAAAAACUCUGGUGUGUUUAUAAUAUUACAUUGGCUGAAUAUGAAUAUCUAAAUAUCCUCAGUGGGUAUUUUUUUCACCCUGGUUGGUGAAUAAAAGGCUGAUUUUGGACCCUGAGGUGUUUUUCUCUGUCCCUCUCCUUCUCUCUGUGUUACAGGUUCUUAACACUUCUGCUGUUCCGUUUAUUUAAGCACCAACAACAGUGAACCUCCAGCUCAACAGCUUAAUACUACUAGUGCUACAGCAAGUACUGCUUUGAGUACCACUGUUAGUACUGCAAGUCAUUUCUCAGUCUGUUAAUGUGUGUUUAUUUCUCCUUUUUCUAUAAAUGAUCACUUUCUUUUUGAUGAAUGAGAUGUUUCCCGGUAACCACGGUAACAGUGAAGUGGCGGCGGGUAAUGCAACUGUUUUGUUUUUGUUUUAUUCUUUUUUUCUUUUGGAUUUUUUGAAGGGUGAAAAGCUAUUCUUCUACACAUAUAUUUACUCAAUAUGUGUUUGUGUGAAUACUUUUACUUUGAAUCUGAAAUUAAUAAAAUAUCACCUUUCUUAAAUGUCAA